AAGUUUUUUGUUCGUUGAGUUGGCAGUUAACUGUCAAUCGAUGUAAAAAUGUCUAAAAUUUUAGCAAAAAAUAUUGCAACUUUCAUUAAACUUCAACCGAAAUAUUUUGUUACAAAUAUUGCUGCAAGUGUAAGGAAGGGUUCUGAUUGGGUUCCAGAGGAAAAAGUGACUCAUACCGGACAGAAAUGGGAGCCUGAUGAUUAUCGAUUGUCAAGAUUUGUGGGUAGGCCCAAGCAUGUUAACCCUAAUUUUGCCAUUAACUUGAUAGCUGAGGUGCCCCCAAAACCUUGCAAAGAGCGAGUUGUAUGGUGUGAUGGAGGUGGUGGCCCAACGGGACAUCCCAAAGUCUAUAUUAACCUUGAUAAGCCUGGAAAUCAUUCUUGUGGUUAUUGUGGCUUGAGGUUUUACUUGGACCACGGCCAUUAAAUUAGUUGGAAUAUUUUGUAGAUAUUGUAAUUAAAAAAUAAAUUAAUGUAAAAGUC